CUUUCUCUUCUUUAUUCUUCAAUCUAUGACAUCGAAUACAAAUCGAAGAAAAUCUGUACAGUUCCAUAUUGACAGCACUCAUUACCCAGAUAGUUUAUUAAGGCAAACAAAGAAUGAGGAACUUGAACCGACUUUAGCCUCUAGUAGUUCUACUUCCUCUUUCACGGUUUUAUCAAGCACUGCGCCAUUAAAUAGGCUUCGCUUCCACAUACAAAAUAACUCUUGCAAUUACAAGAAACUUGGAAACCAUCUCUCAAAAUUUCAAAAUAAGAUGAAACAAAGAACAAACAUUAUUCGAUGGCAUCUGUUGCCUUGGCUUGAAAGUAAUACAGCGAAAAUAGAGAUGAUAGCUGAGUACACAAAACAAACAAAAGGUUGGGUUUUGAGAAACAAAGAGAAGAAGCUCCAGAAUGGGAAGUUGAUAUUGCUUCGAUGGUGGAGGGCUUUAUUAAAUAACAUGUUUAUUGUCAAUAAUGAAGAAAAAUGCCUUUAUUUCGAAUGUAUUUUAUCCAUCAUGUCAAGAUCUGAAUUUAUGGAUUAUGAUGAUGACUCAUGGAACGAAAAAUGCUCAGACAAGCGUGUGCUCUGUUAUCGUCAAUUACUCAAAUCGACAUUGAAUAAUGUUAUUCACAAACUGAACCAAAGAGCCUUAUUCUCAAACAUGAUAUCUUUUUGCGCAAAGAUCUUGGCUCUUUGUUUCUUUAAAAUACCUGGUCUAGCUGCUAUUUUAUUGAGUCAAUUGACUGUCAAGACAAUUUUGUUUACUAGAAUAUGGAAAGAAAUGGAAAGUCAUUUGCCAGCUUAUUCAGCGCAAGAAAAAAACUAUUUGAAGUCAGUGUUUCCUUCCUUUUUACACCCUAUCAUGACAAGCAAUAUUUUCGCUUAUCGUGAAUAUAUGAGCAUGUCGAGUCACCGACUGAAUCUUCCAAACACAACUCAACAUGCCACUGCGAAUUGGGUGAAAAGAUGGCAAAGCGAUGAUAGCGGGCUGUUCUUUGCAUUUUAUCAGCAUUAUCAUUACUUGCUCAGUACCUAUACGUCCAUAGUAUAUCCUGUAAUAAAACAUCAGCGACUCUAUCAACGCAACUCUAUAUUGACAUUGUUACCUGGGUAUAUGUAUUUGGCUUCUUUCUUUGCAGGCAAAAUCGAUUCACUUGUUCAUAGACGAGUCAUCUCAGUGACAAACACAGCUCAUCAGCCUAUUUACAACAGACUCAUGAUUGAUCUCGAACCAAACUGGCUCAGGAACAGCGAUGCGUUAAACUUAAAUAACGAAGCACUAGCAGCCUUUUUCGAUGCUUUCAAUGUUGAUCAAGGUAAUACAAAUGCUCGUUACAAUCAGUCGUUUGGAAAGCCCGUUCAAUUAGACAAUGCAACCAAGAAAUAUGCUGCAUGCAUCAUUCGAUGUGCCCUAAUAGAGUCAAAUCAAACUGCUCUGUUCUACGAUAUGAUCAAUAUUUGGAUUCGAUCUGCAAUAAGAAAAACUGUACUUACAGAAGUAGAGCAAGUGUAUUGCCUGUUUGAUUUCAUGGAGCAAAUUAUACUACAACUUGAGAAAUAUCCAUUUAAACACAAGGAAGCUCUGCCCAUUGAUAUUCCUUAUAUCUUACACACUUUGGACAUUGUCUUGUCCAAAUCAGAUCAUAGCCUUUCGCUUCUUCGAGCGCUAUCAUUUAUCUACACAAACUUUGAAUUCUUGACAUCACAAGUAGCUUUGACGGAAUUUCUUUGCCUUGACGUUCUAUUGAAUACCAAUAUUCUUGAGCGUCUGUUGUUACAUUGGAGCAAGAAUGUUCGGUUCUUUUAUUCCAGAUGCCUUAUCUGGCGUGUUGGACGUGUCUAUAAUACAAAAACUUUCAAUUGGCGCAAUGAAGAUACUACACCAAGAUCUUCAAUGUCUAUUUGCGAUAGUUCCUUCUGUACAAGAGAAUGGUUUAGAUUAAUACAAGAAAAAAAACAAGUUAAGGAAGUGUGUAAAGAGAUUAAGCCUUUUUCCUCUCAAACUGUUGUAUUGGAGUCAAAAAAUAAGACACACAAACAGACAUCACCUAAAGAAAAGGACCAUCAACAAGCACCUUCUAGUUGCUAUAAAAAAAUCAAGAAAUUCAGCCAUCAUCAAUUCGCUGAGACUUAUAGCAAAUGCUUCAUGUCGAUAAAGAUUUUAAAGUCAAAAAAUAAUAUACAUCAAAAUCGUGUCGAAGACAUCAGUAUUUUAGAUGAGAUCUAUACCAUGCCAAGCAUAUUCGAUUUCUCAAUUGAAAAUACCAAUACGCAAGAUCAACUAGAGCUUAAAGAGUAUAGGGACUGGAAAUAUCACCCAUCCAAGCAUGUUUAUGCAUCCAAAGCGGUUGAAGAACUAGAGGGAGUCUCUAAGCAUUACCACGCAUGGCUUGAAAAACUCGAAACAUCAAAGACAAGUCAUGUUCCUCAGUUAUUUCUAAAUUGGCCAAAGCACUGGACAUUGAACCCUGCUUAA